UGCUGUUUGAAACAGUCGCUCUUCUGCCGUCUGGCAGGAGACCGGAAGCGAACAACAACGACGCACGCAGCAUGACCCGCCACCUCGACUCGUUCAUCUGCCCGAUCACGCACGACGUCAUGGACGACCCGGUCGUGACUACCGAUGGCCACUCGUACGAGCGGUCGGCUAUCGAAGAGUGGAUCAGUACCAGUCGCGAGGGAGCGCCCGGCCGUCAAGUGACGAGCCCGGCGACAAACCUGCCGCUGCGCUCACUGCAGCUCAUCCCGAACCUCGCGCUCAAGCGCGCCAUCGGCGAGUACCGCAGCGGUCGUUCGGUGUCUCGCGGCGCUUCGCCCGCUGCACGGGCCAUCUCUCCGGUCGCGGUCGUGCCUCCUUUGCGACGGACCGAGGCGCUGCCAGAGGUCGGCUACUUUGUCUACCGCACAAACGUGGCGCUCACAGUCUACUCACGGCCCUCAUUCGACCAUCCCGUACACAAUCGGUCGAAUGCCCGCGCCGUCACGCUGCCCGCCGGCGAUCUCGUCGUCGUGACCAAGCGCGUCUAUGGCUCGUCGUCCAACCACAUUUUCUUGCUUCUGGCGGCGGCCAACGAGCCGGCGCUGCGCAAUCGCUACAUCUGCGAGCAGCAAGAACACGCGCCGUACACUGCUGUAGCGGUACGCGCGACGACGACGCCGGAGCUCAAGACGUACGCUGCGAGCGAGGCGUCGAUGUUCUUUUCGAGGCCUGCAGCCAGCCACAGCUGCCUCUUUACGCGCAACGACUUGCUCACAGUCGGCGACCUCGUGGCGUCCGACCUGCGCGUGCAAGACCCCGUGACCAACGAUGUUUUCGUCCGGCUCGAGAACUGCUCCGCGUGGCUGCCGCUGCAUUGCUUGCGGCGGCGCCGAGCGAUCACGACCCACACCAUCAUCAAGGUGUCGACGCCGACGAACGUGUACCGCAACAUUUACACGUGGCCUGACAGCACCGUUCUAGCGACCUUGCCGGUCAACCACCUCGUCACGACAAUCUGCCACGUCAUCGCAACCAACGGCGCCUUGUUUGCGCGUGUCUCGUACGACGAUGUCGUUGGCUGGUGCUCUCUCGAGCCGUCGGACGUACUCUACCGAUGCCCUCCGCGCGUGGCCGAGCAGGCGCCCGGUCGUUCGAUCCCUGUUGCGAUCCUCCAAGGCGACGAAUAUCUUCUCGUGCUCAACGAGGUCCAAGAAGACGGGUCGUUCACGCAGAGCUUCAAGCUCAAUCUCCCAGUUGGCAUGGCGCGCCAGAUUGAGAACUGCAUUGCGAAAGGCCGGCACGUGACGCACGCAGCGCUCGGCCCCAACGACGAGUGGUACAUGAGCGGCACCAAGCCCGACGGCACUGGUGCGCACUGGUGGGCCAGCAACGUCUCAAAAGUGUUCCUUGAAGCCGCGGCCAUCAACUGCCGCGUCGCAUUUGGCCAAGACGACGCCUUUGCGCUCGUUGAUGAUGACGACGGUCGCGUGGCCUCGUAUGGCUUGCGGUACGAUGUCGAGGAAGCCUUGUACAGCGCGCGCAAGGUCCACACGUUUGGCUUUGACGAAGACAAUGGGUUUUUCCUCAAGCAUGCGGACGGCGUCGACACGGACAACAUUGGCUACUGGUUUGAACAUGACAUUUUGGCAGCCAAGCCGCCGCGCGGGUACGGUCCGCUCGUGUCUGCGUCGUACUCGGAAGGCAACUACGUGGCGAUCUACGAGCAUUGGUUCCAGACAUCAAGUGGCGUGCCGGUUGGCAUGUCCGUUGCGCUCGAAGAGUUUUACAACCGACACACGGAGAUGCGCAACGACCGGCGGCGGCUCAUUCAGCGCUACCAAGAACUGGCGUAGGCACCAAAUUCGAGUCGUCCAGCGA